AUGCCGGGUUCCGAGUUAAGUCAUGCCUCGGCGACGGACGAUGCCUUGGUCUGGAUCGACUGUGAGAUGACGGGCUUGAACCCCGACACCGAGGAGAUUCUGGAAAUUUACUGCAUCUUGACGACGGGAAGCCUCGACAUCAUCGACCCCGAGGGCUUCCACGCCGUCAUCCACUGGCCGGCCUCUCGCCUGGACCAGAUGGACGAGUGGUGCACAAACACGCACGGCAACUCAGGCCUGACGGCAGCCGUGAUAGCCUCAGACACCACUCCGGCCCAGGCAGCCGAGGGUCUGUACCGCUACAUCACAAAGUUCAUCCCCAAGCCGCGGACGGCGUUGCUGGCCGGCAACAGCGUGCACGCCGACAGGGCCUUUCUGCGAAAGGAGCCGUACGGCAGGGUCAUGGAGCACCUGCACUACCGCAUCCUGGACGUGAGCUCGAUCAAGGAGGCUGCUCGACGGUGGAGCCCGCAGCUUCUGUCGCGGGCGCCGGCGAAGAAGGGGAGCCACAAGGCGAGGGACGACAUCCUGGAGAGCAUCGAGGAAGCCCGGUACUAUAGGGAGGCCAUCUUUGGGGGAGCAUCAGGUGUCAUCAGGUAG